CCACAGAGAAGUGCUGGUUUAGUGCAGUCUGACAUUGGGGUUCACAUGUUCCACUGAAGAAUUUGGGGCUGGAGCAGUGCUUUUUGUCUGUAAAAUUAGACAAGACUCACUGGAUAUAAACUGUAUGUAUGAUGCCUCUAUACAGGCUUAUUCAUACAGUCUGAAGUCUCUACUAAAGCCCUUCUCUCUAUCUAUACAUUGCUGUUCUGUUUGAAUUUCCAUGUUGAAGUGACAGUUUUAGUACCCACGUGCUAACCUAAAUACUGAAAAAACAAAAGACGCUGAAUUCAUUGUUCAUAUAUGUUUGUGAAUGAGAGCUGCGCAAGCGUUCUGAAAAAGAGCCUGGGAACUGUGUGAACUGAUGAGAACUGUUCCAAAUGAUUUGACCACCCGUGCUCCUGUUCAGAUACAUGUUUGAAUCAAGAGAUCACAGUAAACCAAUUUUUAAAAAAUGUGCUAAAACGAAUGAAAAAAAAAAAGUAAGUUGUAGAGCAAUACAUUCUGGGAGCUACAGGAAGUUAUGGCUGCAGUACCAAUUUCUACCACUGACAUAAAAGCAUUUUUUCUUGAGAAUACAAAUGUCACUGUAGUUUGCCAAGACCUCUCAAUCCAUGAAGCAAUCCGUAACAGCCUUACUUAUGUGCAUCGUUAAAAAAUGUUCACAUUUUAUUUGAAACUCAGAUACUUCUAUAAAAUGUGGAAGUGUUUUAGCCUUUAGGGAACUGUAAUCGAAAAACCUAUCAUAUAGGCAUGUUUUGGAUUUUGUUUUAAAUAGACCGACAUAACCCAGGCAUUUGUCAGACUUUUCAGUGCCCUGCUUGAAUAGUGGUCUAUAAAGUUUGCACACGAGACUGACAGACGACAUAAGGGCCUCAGCAGAAAGUCACACAGCAUCAGUCUGACCACUGUUUUUACUGAAGAGAAUAGACCAGUGAAAGAGGAAAAGAGUAUAAAAGAAUGCAAAAGAGAAGAGGAGCGGUUUGUGUUUUUGUCGGAUAAUCUCCAAGGCAGCCUCAUGUCAGACCAGCCAGAUCCUCUUCGGUUCACACUCCCCUCCCACCCUGACACUGUACUCAGCAGAAUGGAUAUUCUGAGAGAGGAGAGGCACUUCUGUGACAUCACUCUCCUGCUGGGGGGUCCUUUGGGUGCUACUGAACCCUUCUGUUUUCAUGGUCACAAAGUGGUGCUGGCUGCAGCUUCUGACUUUCUCCGGGACCAGUUCUUACUUCAUGACGGUCAGACUGAGCUGGCUGUUGGCGUGGUGACCAAUGUUGAAGUGGGGAGAAGGUUACUGCUGUCCUGCUAUACUGGACUCUUAGAGGUCCCUCGAUGUGAACUGGUGACAUACCUCACAACAGCCAGUGCUUUGCAAAUUAAUUCUGUAGUGGAACAGUGUGCUCAGGCCAUUUCCCUUUACUUCACCUUGGAGAAGACCUCAAAGGCAAAGGAAAUUCCACAGACCCAGGACCUCAACAAUACUGUAAAUCAACCAGAGAAUACUGACCCUCAACAACAAUUGAGAGAAGAUGAUAAUGAAAACAGAAACAAGGUAUUGGAAUCUGAAAGCAACAUAACGACCAAUGACAAUUCAAAACAUAGUGACCUUUCCCGUUAUGUUGAAAAUGGUCCUCUUGAAUGUAAACAACACAGUGCUGAAAACUGCUUUACUACAUCAACAGUCAGAGACAAAACAUGUCCUGAUAAUGAAGGAAGACUGCUGGAGAGUCUGCAAGAAAAAGAUGGGAAAAGUGAUCUGAAUAAAAAUAUUGAACAACCUUUGGCAGAACUUGAGAUUGCUAUUUCUAAGGAUAUGCCAAAGCAGAGCACAGUAAAAAGUUGUAUAGUUGGAGACACAGUGGACAACCUACUUUCAAAGUCCUAUCUAUGCCAACAAUGUGACCACGUGUUCCAGCACAUGGAUAACUAUGUCCAGCACAUUAAAGACUACCACUAUUAUCAGUGCUUAGUUUGUGAGAAGAGCUUUCCCCAAAAGACUGCCUUGUCUCGCCAUGUACAAGUCCACGGCCCAGUGAAGCCUUACAGAUGUCCAUUGUGUCAUAGCACUUUCCCCGACAAGACAUCUCUGCAAUACCACAUCAAUGUUCACACAGGCUACAAGCCGCACAAGUGUAACUAUUGCACCGGGCAAUUCAAUCUCAAACCAGGCCUAAGGCGCCACCUAAAGGACACUCAUGGGAAAUGCAAUUUGGAAAAUGUGCUUGAAGAGGGUAACUGUUAACAAAUCUCCAAAAGCAUUUUAUUGAUUGGUCAAUUAAAGAGUAAACAGAUUCACGGUGUUCGCAGAUCUGCAUAUUUAUUGCUUUGGU